ACUUUAAAAAGUAAUAGGACACAUAUAAGAAUGGAAUUAAUCUUUGAAGUUUUAACACAGUACUGCUUAUAUCACUGUAUUUUUUACAAUUGUUACCUGUAUUGUACAUUUUGUGUAUUACACCCCGUAAUACGACGUAGGGUUGUAUUGAUUUAAAGUAUUUGUCAUCAAACGUGGAUCGGUCUGUUUGAUUACACCUGCUUCAUAUAUUGAAGUUUUUAUAAAGGCGGUUGCAAUUAAUACUCUUAAGCCUACACACACAUGCAGCAUGCGAAAGAACGACCUGCAACACUGCUGAAUUUGAAGGGACACGUCUUCGGGAAUGGAUGAAAAUUCCACCAAAGUUUCAAAAAUUCUUGUCGAGAUAAAUGCGUGAACUUGUCAUUAAUUGUUAUAUUUGAUACAAAGCGACCAGAAUACAUAUUUAGUGAAAGUUCUAUCGUGAUUACCGGUAACUGUCUCAUAAUUUUCACUGAAAGUACAUUUUAAGAUUGUGUCAUUUGUGAAUUAAUUUAAGAGUGAUAUUGCUCGUUUACAAAUUUGUUCAAUGAGCCGUCGAUCACGUUGAUUUACAUUUCUAUUAAACUUUAGGAAGUGAUUUAUUGAUUUAUAGAUCAAAUUUUGACUAAAAUGUUGAUGGAUAUUCGAGAAACGAUGACAAAUCAACUUCAACGCGUGUCCGACGAGUUGCCACAGCGACCGGGAUUUUCUGCCGGACCCCUCGAAGAUGACCUCCUUCACUGGAAAGCCUCAAUAAUGGGUCCUGAGCAUUCGCCUUACGAGGGAGGGCAGUUUUAUCUUCGAAUUGAUUUUACAGCCGACUACCCGUUAGAACCUCCUAAGGUUUGGUUUUUAACGGAGGUGUACCAUCCAAAUGUGGACAGCAAGGGUAAAAUAUGCGUUGACUUCCUACAGCACGAAUGGAAGCCUUCGUUUUCAAUAUCUUAUAUUUUGCUAGCGAUUUGCUCCUUGCUGGCUUUACCGAACGCAGAGAAUCCGGUUGUUCAAGAAAUAGCAGAUGUUUACUUGCAUGAUAAACCCACUUUUGAUAAAAUUGCAGUAGAAAUGACACUCGAGCACGCAAAACCUGAUUUCUAAAGGACUGUCUUGACCCGUGAUGUUUGCUUAUGUGGUUGUUUGGCUUAGAUCCGUUUUUUAUUUAGAAUUAACUAUUAGAAUGAUAAAUGAAUAACUGCACAAAUGUUUCAUGUGUUUAUAUUGUUGACAUUAUUAAUGUUAUUUUACAUGUUGAGAAAUAUCCGUGCGCUUGCAUUUGUGCACAACAUUGACGGAUUAUUUUUGUUUCAAUCAAUCAAUAUUUUAACAAAUGCAUGCUUGUUGUUUGAAUGAAUUCUACAUGGUUGGGAUGGCUAUUUAAUUACGUCUACAUAAGGAAUGAAAUGCCGUCUAGACAUUUGCUUUUGGGCGAUAUGAUAUUCGAAGGUAUGAUUUUGUAAAACUGUUAAAAUCAACGAUGGAAUUGAAUAGCGAAAGUAGACUGGUGUUUGAGCAUAUGAUGACGCAAAAUAUAUAGAAACAAACGAUUAGAAUUAUAAUUCUAUCAUUAUACUUGCAAUGUUCUCGCUAAAUUUCUUAAAUAAUUUCACCAAAGGCUUCAGAUGUUUUAUUGUUUUUGUUGUUUGAUAAAUGUUGAUGUGAAAUCUUAAUGAAUUGUUAUUUGAUGUUUUUUGCAUAUAUGCUGCUUGUUAAAUAAGAAGUUGUCUGUGCUAAAAGUUGCUGGUUUCUAGUCAUUUCAAUGGGAGUUUCACAAAUAUAUGUGUUUUGGUCCUUGCAUUUUCAAAAUGGGAAUCCGAUAAAAUAUAUUUGUUUGUAUAACUGCAUUUAGAUGAAAUUACAUUUUUUUCCAACUGAUUACUUAUUUAUUGUAAGCCGAUAUUACACACGUCUCUAUCAUCUUAAGUGAUUUGAUUAAUAAACUUAUAUUGCAUUUAUAAUCACAUAUUGUUUUUGUAAACAUAAAUACUACUAGUGGUUUCAUACAUUUUGCUAUAUAUUGUUUUAAGUGAUCGUGUCAAUAUAACAUGAAAUAUCAGUAUUGUUGUUGUGUAAUAAACAAAAAAAGCUGUACACAAUGCGUAAUAUCAUAUACCAAACUAUAUUGAACAACAGAAAUACACAUUACUUUUUUCAUUAUGCAAUUCAAACAAUAAAACUGUAUGUUGUUCAUGUAA